GCUUCCGUAGGAUUCCUUCACUGUCAGUGUGUGUUUCGCGGUGACAGACCAACAUCGCCGAGCCACACAAUCCAAGCCCCAGCACUGAACUAUGGAAGAGAUCAACAACAUUGAAGUGGUUCCUUGCACAGACUCCGACUAUCUAAAGCCAUUCAGGGUGCACUACAACCAGAAUGGCACAAAAAAGUCCUGGGACUUCAUGCGAACCCAUGACAGUGUAUCCGUGCUGAUCUUCAACACCACCUCCCACUGUUUUGUCCUUGUCAAGCAGUUCCGUCCAGCUGUAUACAUGUGUGAGUGGGAAAGGACCAAGACGCAGGCGUGUCAAGCCGCUGAGAAACCGGAGGAAGGGGGCACCGAAGCUGCAGCUUCCGGUUCAGAGAGUCAGGAGGGUCAGGCACCCACAGAGGGGGAGAGCUCGUCUGCAUGGCCGCCGGCCGCUGCUGGGGUCACCUACGAGCUGUGCGCCGGGCUGGUGGACAAACCCAAUCUUUCCUUGGAGGAAAUCGCCAGACAGGAAGUGCUGGAGGAGUGUGGCUAUGAUGUGCCCGCUUCGAAACUUAAAAGGAUUACAUCUUACAGGUCUGGCGUGGGCGUCACAGGCGCCAAACAGACCAUGUUUUACGCCGAGGUGUCCGACGACAACUGCGUGAGUGCAGGUGGAGGUGAGCCGCGGGAGGGCGAGCUCAUUGAGGUGGUCAAAGUUCCGUUGCACGAAGCCAUGACGUUUGCCUACAACGAGCGCAUCCCCAAAACCAUGGGCGUCAUAUUUAGCUUCAUUUGGUUCCAUAACAACAUGUCUCCUAAGUACAAGAUCUCCACCAAUGUGUAACCACUAGUAACUUUUAUGUCAAAUCACUGGCCCAGCACACCUACUCGCCUCCUCAUGGCCCCUCACCUUUUUUUAUUUGAUUUUUUUGCCUUUUUGUUAAAUGACACAUGAUGACGAGUGGACGUCUGCCAGCUUGUUUCUUUGUUGCCCUGUUCAGCGUUUUAUGUGUAAAGCAAACUGUCCCAGCGGGCUGUCACUGGCACUUUUCACCUCUUGUUUUGUUUGUUUUUCCUUGCCAUGCAUCAAAAGUGGCCACAUAUCAUUGAUUUCAAGUAAACAAAUGCUCCACUGCUUACCGUAUUCACCCGAAUAUAAGACAACCCCUUUUUUCCAAGGCCCAUUUUUGGAAAAAUGUAUAUAUUUUUAAGAAAUGUGCCCUUGAAACCCAGUAUUAAUUAAGAUGUGGCUUCAAAAAGUGGAGCAUUUCUUUACACUGUGAGCCAGGAAUGCAAAAACUAUGCUCGUCAAUGUCGGUGGCCUUUGAUCAUUGCGCCGCAUUGUUAGCAAUGCCUCAAACAGUUUCCUGGUUCCGCAGACUUUAAUUGGUACCAACAGUACGGCAAUCUUUCGAAAAUUUGCAGACUUGAUGUCUUAACAAUAAACAUCCUCGCCAAUUUCUGCUUUAAGCAUAUUGUUGCUUAGCACAGUUAGCUUUAGCACAGCUUGUGUGAUUGCGUGAGUACAAAACAUAACACAAAGCUGCUUUGAGUAGCAAAGUGUUGAAGAUAUGCAGCACCUGACAAGUAUUAAGAAAGUGAACGACUCCGUUCACAUAGUGGUUGGUUUCAAUUCCACUUUUGGUGCGUCAUUUUGGCAGGAAUGAAGUCAGACUGGAUAAAAAAAAAACAGUAGCUAUGGUAGGAAGUCAAAUCUUUGUGUCAGCUUGCAUUCUAAUCAUAUAAGUUGAUGUUUAAGUCGGACGUCAACUAUCUAACAAACUGUAGUGUCAAAAUAGUGAAAAAACCUGCUGCAUCACACACAAACAGAAUCCUACUUUGCUGAUCACAACAGCUGUUUGCUAAAAGCUCAGGGCCGAAUAUUAAAACCCAUGUUCCGAUUCAGGGACAAUCUCUGGAUGUGACCAGCAUUUUAACAUCAUACGUCAUACGCACUUGCAGCAAAGUUUCCAAUCGUCCUAGUAUCUGUGAGUAUUCCUCCUUGUUUGAACAAAGGGCUGGUACCGUAUUGUAAUGUUCCGCACGUCUGGGGGAAGAAUUCCCCACCACAUCUUAAGAGUUUUUUGGACAAUAUGCAAAAACCUGUUGAAGAUAACCGAUCUCUUCAAUCCAUGAUUACAAUCAGAUCAUGUAACUGACUGAACGAAAAGGUAUGCAAUCAUAUUGAAUUAUGAUUUAGUCAACCUAAAUACGGAAAUGUUGUCAGCUCGAGAUAACAUGUGGGCUAACACAGUUAGAAAUGUGGAAGUUUUUUUUGUUCCAAAAAAAGGUGACAAUCAAGUUUUAUACAUGGUCAUUUCCUUCAAUGAGUAGGUUAAUGAUAAUCCCAGUUUUUACAGAAGCAAUAGAAUAGUUUCAGGUGUCUUUGUGCAAUAAUUCGGUACUCUUUGGGUUCUAACUGCAUUGUUCUCACCCGCUCAAUUUAUACCAAUAUCAGCUAUAUUCUCCUUGGGGUUCCUCAUAGCCAUUCCUUUAUGCAGGGUUGAACAUUUUUCCUAAUUCUGAGGUAGUCAAGCACUCACACAAAUGAACAACAUCAACAAAGAACAUUUAAAGGUGGACUUUUUCUGCAAGAAAGUGGAAAAAAAGGUCAUAAAUGAAUUGCUGCUUUCCCACUGCAUAGUAUUUGUUAUAGUGUUUAUUUCACGGUUUUUCACUUUUUUACUUGUCAGCAUGUGGAUGUUGGUGACGGUAAGACACUAAUUUUGUCCAAGAGGGGACUGAGGGUGUCUGCAGCAGAGAGGAGACUGCGGAGUAUAUUACUGCAGCAUCCAGAGCUAAGACACAGCAACAGGGUACGCAAAUGUUAGCAUGUGUGUUUAUUUUUGCUGUUUUCUGUCCAAAAAUUGCUCAAGCAAUGAGCAACCAGCAGUAGUUUACACUCGGGAUGGGGCCGAGCCCAUCAAGUAUCAGUAGCGGGUUACGAUACCAGCAUAAUUCACGUAUCGGAAAUUGCCGAUCAAUGACCCACAUCUGUCCUUUAACGUUGUCAGCAAAUAUAGCUCGAAGAAUAUCAGCGGUCAUAGCCAAAAAAGUAUCAGCAAACUUAGCUGGCCUACUCACUCGCGCCGCACACGCACAAGCUUUCCGCCUGACACGUUCAUGGCCACGCAAAGCAGUCGGACGGGUCGCUACAAUAUUAUACUUGCCUUGUCUGUGUGUGUGUGUGUGUGUGUGUGUGUGCGGUGCCGCAUGUGUGGAGAUAGCUACGUUUGCUGAUAUUCUUUUGGCUUGGUUGCAAGUAACCUGUUUUGUUCAAUUGUUGAUAGACCACCUACUUGUCAUUCUUACAGCGUCUGUAGACGCUACAAUAAUCAUAAUAUUAAAGUAAAUAGAGCUCUGGUAUGAGAAUAGUAUUGGUAUCAGCUGAUAUCCAAAUUCAGAUAUUGAUAUCGGAUAUGAAGUGAAAAAAUGUGUUGCAUCCCUAGUUGACCAGAUGCUAGAUUUACCUGUUUAUGGCAAAUGGAAACGCUAUGGUGAGCCAAGUUGGUACUGUGCAGUGGAAAAGGGGUAAUGGUUUAGCACCCAAUCAGACGGUCAUGUUAAAUAGUAUCUGGGGACUUUAUGAUAUGCUGUGAUGUACAGUACUAUUCAGCGUUAUAGUCCACAGUUAAUUCUUUUUUUGGGGGGGGGGCAUUUUUGCUCGACAUUUCUCAGCUUUCACAUGCAAUUUCUAAAGGAAUUGCACUUUCUAAUUCCGGGAGUCUUUGUUUGAAAUGAUGGGAGGGAUCUCCAACCUCAAGACGCCUUCGGCAAAAUGUGAAAAGCACCUUGAAAAGCCCUUUCUUCCCAAGAUCCCCAAGAUAGUCAAGCUUCCCAAAGGUGCCCUUGGUUUCCAGUGGUCUUAUCUAAGAUGAGGUGAUUCAUUCAUUGAAAGGUUGUUUAUUUUUGAUUGAACACCCUGUCAUGACCUGGCUCGUAGGCAUCGACAAUUUAUGUAUGUAAUAUUUUUGUGUGCCUGCCUUUUUUUUUCUUUCUUUUUUUUUUUAAACCCACAUUUUACUAUACAGAUGUAUGAUCCUGCACGAGACCUGAACUUAAAGGGAUAGUUCGGAUUUUUUAUUAUUUUUUUACAUGAAUUUGUAUGACAACCCCAUCGGCAGUGUAGUGCAUCAGCAGUAACUUUCCCCCCACUUCGUACCGUGAGACAAGUUUAGUUUUUGGUGUUGAAGUAGUUCCGGGACACAAAAGUAAAUCGUUUUGCUUCUCAAAACAAUGUGUUCAAAAGCAGUAGUACAUUUGCAUCCCAAAACCCUUUGGAGGUGAACAAGUCAGACCUCACAGCCUCUGUGCGUUAUUUUCUCUCCCUUCGUACGACUGCGCUCUUCCGCCUGUCCACUAUUGUGUAUACACCAACGGCCAAAAGUUUUAGAACACCCCAAUUUUUCCAGUUAUUUAUUGAAAUUGAAACCGUUGAGGUCCAAUGAGUAGCUUGAAAUGGAACAAAGGUAAGGGGUGGGGGGGAGUCACUGAUGAUGUACUACACUGCUCAUGGGGAUGUCAUACAACUUCAUGUCAAAAAAUCCCAACUGUCCCUCAAGUAUUUGGGAAUAUUUAGCGACGUUACACCUCAAUAGCUGCACCUUGCAAUUUAUUUACAAGCCAUUCUUUCACAGUUUGAAGUGACGUUUGCCACUAAAAAGCCAUAUGCUCCCUCUCUUUUAAAGAAAUCGAGGUAGGUAGUCAGUUGUUUUCAAAUUCAUUCUUGCCUAUGGUAACGAUAGGACCAUGAGCUCAACGUUAAAGACACUUCUACCUCCAUCACUCAGGCACACAACACAACAAUUUUGUGCCUGUUUGCUGUCUAACAAGGCGCUGACAUAUCCGACGCUCAGCAUCGCAUCAGAAAACGGAUUUCAUCCAGCAGAUUUCAGAGUUAUAUCUUAUUCCCCAUGACUAUGCUGUCGUUGCUUCUUUAACUGUGACUGUUUAUUUUAUAUCUGUGCACUUUUUUCGUCAUGUUGCUGCAGUUUAUUUUAUAACGGUGCUAUGUGUUGUGUCCUCUUCAGUAAGACAGGUGGAGUACUGUUAAAUUAGUUGAUAUGUGGAUGUUGCCGUCCAUAUAUUAACUCUAGGCAGCAACUGAAAUGUUAUUUAAAUGUUAUUCUGACUUAUUUCAUUAGGCAGCACAGCUUUUUUUAUUUAUUUGGUUUCUUUUUAGCAGACUGGUAGCUGGAUUUACACAAUCUACAAGUAAUCCGCUAUAAAACUCCUUCUAUUGACAUGAUAUUUACUGGAAAUACAAGGUAUUUAGGUUUGUUUUUCACAAAGUAAACAUUAUAAAAAGUGUUCAUGUUUUCAUUGUCUGACUUUCUUUCUUUAAAAAAGAAAAAAGAUAAGAAUACGUGUUUUACGCUUUAUUAAGAGUGUUUGAUUUUUGUGCGCGUUGUUUUUUGUUAUUGUUCCAAUUCAAUUCAUUUUAAUGUUAAUGCAGGAUACUUUUAAAAACUCUUGGUACAAACAAAUGGUAUACAUUCAGAUAAGAUACCUUGCAUGUUCACUAACUGUGAUGGAUUAAACUGCAUUAAGUUGAAAUAAAAUGGGUGGAAUACCCAAACAACAUUU